AUGCUAUUUUUCAGCAUUGAUGCACAAUAUUUUCAGGCUUUUUUAUCAGUACAAGAUUUGGGCCAUCUUUACGAAGUGCCUAUGAAGGAUGUUGAGGAAUUAAAUUAUAGAAAAGUCCUUCCAUCUCCCUAUAAGAAACAAAUAGAAACAUUAAACGAAUGUCUUUGGAUGUACAGAGAAUCGCUUUGGGAUGUCAUCACUUGUUUACAGGCUGUACGCCCCACAUUUCCAAGUCUCCGUAUUGUACUUUGGGGGAAAUUUGGUACUGGUAAAACGAUCACAUUGCAUCAAGCCGUUCAUUACGCCUUUACACAGAAUUGGGUUAUAUUUGUUGUUCCUGAUGCAAUGAGAAUAACUCGUUGUACACUGGACAUUCAAAUGUCAUCUCAUCAUGUUGGAAGAGUGGAUUGUCCAGCUCUAGGAAAAGAAUUGCUAGAAAAUUUUAAACUUAACAAUGCUCAUUUAUGGGAAAAAUUGUCAGAAUUGGUAACAGAAAAAGAUUACGUGUGGUCUCGCAUUGAUAAAACCGAGAGUGGUCGACCAAUUACUGAUAUUGUGGAUAUGGGAAUAUCAAUGCCAUAUGCUGCAUCAGACUGUGUUGGUGCACUUCUCAAAGAGUUGAAAAGAUACAGUAGCUCUGGAAAAAUUAGAUUCCUAGUUGCGAUUGAUGCAGCUAAUUCACUCUUUGGGAGGACAACGGUAAGGCGAUCUGAUCGGAAAUUCGUGAAUACAGCGGAUUUAACACUGGUUCAUUGUAUGAAGAAAUUGCUCAGUAACGAUUGGACUAAUGGAUGUUGCAUUAUGGUUGCUGAUAAAAAAGAAUUUAGUAACCCAAGAGAUGAAGAAACAGUACCACUUAUCACUCCACUCGAACUCUUCGGCGAAGAGGGUAUUGAUUCAAUCGAGCCUUUUAUACCAAUAGAAACUAAACUCUACACGGUCGCUGAAGCGAAUUCUAUCUAUGAAUACUACAAAAGCAAGCGAUGGAUUGUCACUGAAAAGGGACGAAGUGAAAGAGGAAAGAAGGAAUUGAUAUAUCUGAGUGCUUUCAGUCCUUUUUACUUGGAACGAAUGUGUGCUUUUCUUUGA